AUGGCGGAUCCCAUUCCUAAAUACCCGCUGUACGACUCGACCUACACCGCAUAUCGUCUGUCGCCUCUCUACCAUGGCGCAAAUAUACUGCUUGAAGAGACCACGCUCCGGAUGCAUGCACGCCGGCUGCGCGACAUCCUGCGUGGUGACAUUCUCCGCGGCGUUGACGUCGGCGCCGGCAACGCGGACGGCGGUUCCGGCAUAUUGGAGAGCUGCACAUGGGAUUUGAUUGGAGAUGAAGCAUCAUGGGAGAAACUACACCAGCAAGAUGCAGAAGCACAGGAGGAUGAACAGCCGGGCGACCUUACGGACGCACCGUCUCUUGAUCCUUCGGAAGCACGAGGUGUACAUGUCGAGCUGCGGUACCAGAAGGCUAGCUACACCGCGCUGCUACUGCGUGACCCAGAGGACGAGAGCGUUCCAGCGCCAGAAGGCUUCACGGCACUGCCGCUCCUCCUUGUGCGAAUGCCCGCCGCGCUCCGUGACAGCUUCACGUCCUACAUCGCCUCCACCUUCGACGCGCGCGUCGCUCCCAUGAAGUUGCGCUCGCGCUUCCUCUCCGCAUCGCUCGAGACCAUCCUCUCCCACCUCGACGCCACAGCCAGCACCAGCUUCUCCUCCGCCUCGCCCCUCCCAUCCAUCCUCUCCCGCCUACAACUCCAACUCUCCUUCCCCGCCGCCUGCCCAACCGCCGCCCUGCGCGCGCUCGACAUAACCCUUUCCCGGAACGACAUCCCAGAACUGCUCCGCCGCGGCACCGCCCUCCUCCCCACCACCAACAACAACAUCACCGGCCCCUUCACAGCCGCGCUCUCGCACUACCUGCGCACCCACCUCGCCCUGGACCUCGCCCACCCGGGCGUCCACAUCUCCAAGAUCGCCCUGCCCCCGCUCCUCGCCCUCUCCGCCGACGGCCGCCUCAAGCUCUUCUCCCCGCACACGGCCGCGACCGCCGCGCCAGCAGACUCGUCAACCGCCGCCAUCUCGGUCGCCGGGCUCAAGCGCGUCGUUGACGCUUUCUACACAGCACUACUACGGGCAGCGCGCGCGGCGCCAGUUGCUGAGGGCGUCAGCGCCGGCGCCGGCGCCGGCGGGGAAGAGACGAUGGUGCUGGCGUUCAGGAAGGGGAAAGGCAAGGAGAAGGAGAAGCAGAAGCAACCCGAAAAGGCGACGAAGACAACAACGGCAAAACCGUCAUCGUCGUCCAAAAAGGGCAAGAAGCGCGCUCUGGGCGAAGGAGACGCGAAUGCUGUCGGCGGCGGCGGCGGGCGGGGGAGAAGAAAGGCCGAGGCAUCUCCGGGGAAAAAGCGGAGGCGGCAGCAGCAGCAGCCAGGCCGGGUUGGUGGGGACGCCCGGGAAGAAGAGGAAGAAGUGGAUGAAGAGGAGGAGAUGGUCGGCGGUUCGUCAUCGCAACGCCAGAAGACUACUGCUGCUAGCUCGCGUGGUGGGAGCUUGAGCGUGCCGCAGGAACCACCGCCGCCGUAUGAACUACAUGAUCCGGCGAUUGUGCGAUGA